UAACAAACAGUCACUCGCACCAUCAGGGUCGAAACCUGACCUCGCAGCACAACAGAAGACCCACUGAAGAACUGAGAGCGAUUGGACACCAUGGCCUCCACCCUCUCUGUGCACAGCUACUCGGUGCGUCAGCCCUCCUACUCCAGCAUGUCUGUCAGGGACAGUGGACGCAACAUCCGCUCCAAGCCCCCCGUCUCCGUUGGCAUGCUGUCUCUGUCCCGCUCCGUCUCAAUGGGCAACGGUCUCAACAUGCUGGGCACCAGCCUCUCCUUCAACGGCCUCGGUGGCGCCGCCAGCGACAAGGAGACCAUGCAGGGCCUGAACGACCGGUUGUCCAACUACCUGGAGAAGGUGCGCUCGCUGGAGAGGUCCAACGCUGAACUGGAGGUGAAGAUCAAGCAGCUCAUGCUCGAGAAGGUUCCAAGGGGGCACGACAUCGAGGCGAUGAUGUCCCAGGCACAUGCCAUCAGGGAGGAGGUGAGAAAGAAGACGCUGGAGAACGCCCGCAUCAUGCUGGAGAUUGAUAAUGCCAAGCUGGCGGCCGACGACUUCAGGCUCAAAUGGGAAGCAGAGGCCACCUUGGGCCAGUCGGUGGAGAGGGACUGUCAAGCUCUGAAGAGAGCAAAGUCUGACCACGACCAACUCAUCACCACUCUGCGAGGAGACCUGGACAGCCUGAAGGAGGAGCUCUACUUCCUGAAGAAGAAUCACGAGGAGGAGACGAGUCUAAUGAAGUCUCGGCUGGCUAACGAGCAAGUGAGCGUCGAGGUGGAUGCGGCUCAAGGUCCGGAUCUGGGAGCCAUCAUGGCUGAGCUCAGGGUCCAGUAUGAGGGCAUCGCUCGCAAGAACAAGGACGACGCCGAGACCUGGUACCUGAAGAAGUUGGAAGCAGUGCAGUCGGAGGUCAAAGAAAACAACGAGGCCUUGCGUUGCGCCCAAGGCGAGCUCAGUGAGAGACGACGUUUCCUGCAGGCUCUGGAGGUCGAACUCGACAGUCUUCGGAAGCAGGUAGGUGUGUUGGAGGGAAACCUGGGAGAAACGGGGCACAAGUACUCUGUGGAGAUGGACCGUCUUCAGGCCACACUGACCCAUCUGGAGGACGAGCUGUCUCAGCUACGUUUGGACAUGCAACGCAAUAAGACCGAAUACGAGCAGCUGCUGCGCAUCAAACAGAACCUGGAGAUGGAGAUCGCCACCUACAGGAGGCUGCUGGAGGGAGAGGAAACGGUAAAAGAAACACCUCCACCUCCUAAAAAAGAACCCGACAUAAGGACAAGGAAGAUAGUAAAAGUCGUCACACAGACCAUGAUCAAUGGCGAGGUGGUGGAUGAGUCCAGCGAGGUGGAGCAGAUCGAGGAGCGCAGGAAAUGAGCCAAAGUGUGCGAAGAGAAGGAGAUUCUCUUAAACCCAAAGCCUGCUGACAGGUUCAAGUCUCAACACGACCUUCUUGAUUUAUGAAACAUCAACCUUAUUUGAUCCGACAAAAACAAACAAAAAAAAAAAAAAACAACUCACUACUGUAGGUUUUUUCCAGAGCUUUUGACCACAUGCUAUGGUCUUUCCCAGCAGAUUGAUUGCUGUUAACAUCUGAAACAUCCAGUAAAAACUGCCUAUUUUUUGCUCAAACUGCUGUUUUCAAAUUUAAGAAUUAACUUUCACACUCAUUUGAAUUUAAAGAAAUCGUUCAUCUUUUUUGGGGGAAAUGUGUUCAUUUUCUUUCUUGCAGGGAGGACGAUGAGGAGACUGAUUCCACGUGUCUGUAUGUUGGAUAUGAAGAGCUUGUAGUCUAGGACUAGGACACAGGCAGCUUGGCUCUGUUCAACACAACCAGCAUCUCUAAAAAUGUCACGAGUUAACAUGUUAUAUCUGCUUUGUUUAAUUCAUACAAAAAAAGUGUAAAAAAAGUAUUUAUGCUAAGCUAACCAGCUGUAGCUUCAUAUUUAAUGCACAGACAUGAGUCUUUUCAUCAAGCUCUUGUCCUUUAAUACUGACUGAAGCUUCUAGAAAAUGUACUGAUCCUGCGACAGUAUAUCUACUAUAUGUGCGUGAUAGUUUCACUGUGAAAUAGUAAUGGCCGUCUUGUGCUGUAGUUUUAUUAUAGAAAUUAACAAAUCAACCAAAGCUGCUGUACAGUGUCAAUAAAACAGUGUUUCAAAAUAAGAGUCCCUGUUGAUUUUUAAGAGAGUUUCGCUCAAACAGAAACUUUGACUGAUACUCGAGGAGCAUAAUAGGACUUAGCAACAAAGAAACACAUGAUUCUCCACCAAGAGGGCAGAAAGUACAAAAACCUUCACACAACAGUUUCAGGUUACAGGCUUUUGUGUAUUCAAGUGUUGUGUUUCAGUGAGUUUCUCUGUGAGUUUUUAAUACACAUGUACAAACAGCAUAAAGUCACCAAAAGUUGACAAAGUGAAAUAUGACGACCACAAAAAGGGGCAUAAAGUCCUACAGUAGUGUGAUUAAAGACUAUUGUGUCAUCUUUCUGGGUCGCUGUGAUAAGAAGAUCACAGAAAAUAAACCCACAGUUCAACAACAAAAGUUAAA